AGAGCAUCAUGCGGAGCUCCUGCUUUUGUAUGGCGAUGUUACUAGCACUGGUCGUGACUUUACUUGCGAGCCUUGCCAUGACGGUGGCGCGUACCCAUGCCGUGAAGGAGUACUUAGGGCGUGCGCAGAUGCGAACUUUCGGAGAACCUUCGCAGCUCCUAGGAAGUGAUAAAGAUCUUGUGCUGCUGCUUGUCUCAGAUCACUUAUGGCGAAAAGAUAACUGGAGAUGCAUGAAGUCCAGGUUCGUCUGCACUGAAACCGCCAACGUAUCGUUCAUUCAUGAAGACCAUUUCUGGAUACCACCGCAUCAAACCAGUAAUGGCACUUCGGAGCGGAAGCCAGGGAAUCUCACAUUCCAAUACGAUGUUAUUCGAAAUGCUAGCGACUAUACCAAGAUCAACACCACUUACAUAACGAAGUCUGGGAAGUACGCUUUUGGAGAAUACCCUGUUCUCUUCGCAGAUGAUGUUUGUAUGGUUAUUGCGUUUCCAAGAACAGCAAGCUACAUUUUCAUAAAGUGGGAUUUACUGGACGGACGCAUUUGUGCCUACGCUCGUCAAGUGGCCCAGUGCAGUAAUCAUUACGCACCUUGAAACAGCGGGAAGAAUGACUACGUUUAAAAAAGUGCGACAAAAUUAGGGCACUAGCAACUUUUAAAAGUCACUGACUUAAGUCAGCGGUUUCAUAGCACCCCGUUUGUUCCCAGUCAGUUUGCCCCAUGAUAAUUGUAUAGCGUAUACUACGCCCCGAACAUAGUGUGUGCAUAAUAUUCUCGAUAUUGGGAAAUAAUUAGUUUUAGGUCAGUGCCUGGUACUGUCUCACAUUUUGUCCUUCGUACAAUACGCGCUGCUUGAUAUCGAAUAUAAUAUUAACAACUUGCUUAGUGAA